AUGGCAGGAGGCAAGGGCAAGAGCAUCGGCGGAAAAGCCACAGGCGCGAAAGACUCCUCCGUCAAGAGUCAGAAAUCACACAGCGCAAAGGCUGGCUUGCAGUUCCCGUGUGGGCGAGUCAAGCGUUUCCUAAAGAACAACACUCAGAACAAGAUGCGCGUCGGCGCGAAAGCUGCCGUCUACGUCACAGCCGUUCUGGAGUACCUCACUGCUGAAGUUUUGGAGCUAGCAGGCAAUGCUGCUAAGGAUCUCAAGGUCAAACGUAUCACCCCUCGACAUCUCCAACUCGCAAUCCGUGGCGAUGAGGAACUGGAUACAUUGAUCCGCGCGACUAUCGCCUUCGGUGGUGUUCUCCCCCAUAUCAACAGAGCCCUCCUCCUCAAGGUCGAACAAAAGAAGAAGAGCAAGGCCGAGUAG